AUGAUCAUAUGGUCGAAACAGACUACCUCACGGAAUCGGGCGAGUAGUGCACCUCGCGAGGCAAUUUCUACAACGAGCUCUCACUCUGUCACCGUAUCCUCUGCUCCAACCACCGUUCAACAAAGUCAAUCAGCCGCCUUGGUGACACUUCAGAAGGCGAUUGCACCCAAAGCAGUGCUAUCUCGAACUCUGUUGCAUAGAUUCAUCUCUCUGAAAAGCUUGUCUGAUAGCCUCCCGGUGCUCAGUACUGGAGUGCCUUUGGAAGCCACACGCCGAUCUGCAGGUGGGAACGACAGUAGAGGUACUGGCAGUCACAAUAGUAGGGGUGUGCAACAGCUGCCACCACCUACGCAAACACGGCGCUCUCUGAGCAGACCAGACCCCAUGAAACUUAGCGACCUCAUAGCUUGGAAAAAUGUGGAAAUCGCCACUGUGCAGAAUAUCCUCAGAGUAAACAUGGCGCGGGCCAUGGAUACGGCGUUGUGCAGGAAAUCAAGGAAGGCCUACCGCGACUCUGUCCAGGAGAAUCAAAAAACGUUGCUCCGUCUGUAUCACGAAAGCGAGGAGCUAAAAGCGGCGCGACAAUCGGUACUGGCGUCUCGAUCUUUCUCGGUGGGUCGAAUUGAGUCACCACUCUCACGUCUCUCCCAUCCCCUUCACAUCUCUCUGACCCUCUCGCCAGCCCAGCUACCACAUCCAGAUGACUCCCUUCAUCGCACCCAACAAUUCAAUGGUGGUGUCACAACCGACUCCUCUGGCUACCACGCCGAUGAGCAGUCCUCCGACUCUUCUCACUCCAGCACAAACCAGGCUCACGGUGCUUCCUUGACCAUAUCCUGCCACUCCUCUGGUCCAGCUAGCACUUUCAAUUCGGUUCCGUCUCAUCGGAAGGAAAUUUUGUCGCCUUUACUGUGUUCUAAGCAUUCUUCAAACGAUGUUCGACGCGCAUCCUCUGAUGUGCAUUACCAAGGUCCCCAUGAGACGACUCGUGUUACAAAGCUACCAACCAACUACGUUCAGUAUCUUUUUCCGGAUCAAACGCGUACCGACUCAGCCACACCAAAUCAUAUCUUUCCUCCGUCCACGCUUUCGCCUUCAGCGUAUUUCAACAAAUCACCGUGUGACGUUAAGUUUAUGUCCGAACUGGAGAGACUCACCAGUCCUCUCAGUCGCCAAUUUGCUCCAUCAGAGGCUACGCCAACUUCCACUACCAGGACGCGAUUUACUCUGGCAGACAAGCUAAACAUGUCUACCACCUAUUUCCAUUGA